AUGGAAGGUGAAUACAAAACUGAAGAGAUUUCGAAUAUUAAUUUAAGUUCAAAAAUAUCUGUCACGAAUAAUUUAGAUGAGAAUAAUGGGGAUAGUGUAAAUGAAAGUUUGAACGCACUUAUUAAUCUUUUUCUUGAUUCUUAUCAAGAAGAUAAAGACGCAUCAAUACGGGAAAUAUAUAAGUACAUGAAACAAAACAUUUAUGAGCCACCUGAUUUUAGUACUGAAAUCUCCAAUUUCUCAAUAAUUUUAUUUGAUAUCAUUUCCAAAUCUACAGUGCCUAAAAGGACCAACAUGGCAUUGUACAUGCUAAAUUGUAUAUGUUCGAAUGGAUCAUUCAUAGAUCAUCUAAAUAACGAAAUUAUAGAACCAGCAAUAACUAAGAUUUUUUCAGUUAACGGAAAUUAUAGACUAGUUACGGAUUUAAUUUUUAAGUUCAUAGAUCAUGGAGCAUUUACAAAUAUUUUCGAGGCGAUUGGUUAUCAACAUUUGAUUUCAAAAUUCGCUGAAAGGCCAAAUGAUGAAAAAAUGGCACCUUACUGUCUUUAUGGACUUUCUCAAAUUUCUCACUAUAAUAAAUUUCCAGAAUUUCAAGAAGAAUUUUUCAAUUGUAUUUCAAUUACAAAUUUCUUCUCAACAGAUUGCCUUCAAUAUAUAAUUUCUAUUCUAACUGAUUUUGCUGAAUCAAUCGAUUUCAAACAAGAUUUAUUUAUAGAUUUAGUUCUUGAUGCCCCUGAUGCCAAAAAUGUACUGAUAAAAGCAUUAAAAGAUGAAUACAUAAAAAUUUACCGUUUGCCGGACCUUUUUGUUCGACUAAUUCAAAAAGAAAACACAUUUAGAGAUAAAUUACCAUUAGAUUUCUAUAAAGAUAUCGUGUUUUCAAACGAAGACUUGUCCGAUAAUAUCAUAGAAAAUCUUGGUACUAUCUUACACUUAGUUUUCUUAGCUGAUGAAAUGAACAAAGAACGUGCUGAGGUUAUUCAUGAAUUUAUUAGAAAAUACUUUGAUGUUGUAUCAAUAGAAGUUAAGGAAGUAUUUUCAAUGAUUUGUAUUGAUAUUUUAACUAUUAUUGCAAAUGAUCAAAUUCCAACUGAUCUUUUCAAGGAAUGCAUUGAUGAUAUAUAUAAUGGGUAUCAAAUUAAAUGUGUUUCUCUAGAAUUCAUCUGUUAUCAUAUGUGUUCGUUGAUUGAAAAGUUAAAAACAACCGGGCAGAUUGAUAAUUUAGGUAUCCUUAUUAACUCUGAAUUAUGUCAAGACAUUAUUGAUGCAGCAGAAGAAAUUCCUGAAGAUCAAAGCAGGAAAUCAAUUCAAUCAUACAUACAAAUAUAUGAUGAAGUUAACAAUGAAGUUAAUAAUGAAUAA